AUUAACGUCUAACCAGUACCUAAAACACAGCAGCUGUUUUCAAAAUGAAGUUUAUCAUCUUACUUGCUGCCAUCGUCCUGAUGGUUUCCACCGUAGCAUCAUAUCCAACGUUGCCAGUAAGCACAUCAGUUUGGCCCCCAUAUGGAGUUUAUGGAAAGUCGAUUCUACCACCGGCAGCAGUGACCAGUUAUCCCGGAGUAUAUGGAAGCUGGCCUUGGGCUGGAAGGAACUGGGGUUAUUCGGCGCCAGUCGUGACCAACAACGGACUGUGGAACUACAGUGGAUAUGGUUACGCUUACUAAAAAAAGUGGUUGCGAAUGGAUAUGUGGAAA